CCAAAAAAAACUUAGCCAGAAUUUUGUUUCCCCACUAGGACGAACAAAUCAACACGAAUAAUUCUCUCUUUUCAUCUUCAAACAAAGCUCUCUCCAUCAACUCAAAAAACAUUCAUAAAUUCAAGCUCACAUCAAAUUAAAAAUUUUCCUAAAUAAAUUUCCCCAGAAAAAAAUUUCCCAAAAUAAAAUUUCCAAUCUUUGAGUAAGCUACAUCACUAUCAUAUUUAAAAUAAGAAUAUACUUACAUUUUUACAAUUUUAUUUUGGUUAUUUUAAGUAUAAAUUAAAUUCAAUUAAAUAAAAAAAUGGCUAUGUUUUUAUCCCCUUUUCAGUUCACUCCCCUCUCUUCAAAGUCUGAUUUUUGUACACCCUCUAAAUAUCCCGGCGCUUCCGUAUUUUGCCGGCGAGAAUUUCCCGGCGCUUUGAUUAAUUCCGGCCGUCGUUGUACAUUGAAAGCUCAAGCAGAAGCUGGUAAUAAUGGGCCACUCGAAGCAAAUGAUUCACUUGUGGUUUGCUUUGGGGAAAUGCUUAUUGAUUUUGUUCCUACAACAAGUGGGAUUUCCUUGUCUGAAGCACCGGCAUUUAAAAAGGCUCCUGGUGGUGCCCCUGCCAAUGUUGCUGUCGGAAUUGCUCGCCUUGGCGGCUCAUCUGCAUUUAUCGGCAAGGUUGGUGAAGAUGAGUUCGGCUACAUGCUGGCUGAUAUUCUCAAGGAGAAUAAUGUUAACAAUAAAGGGAUGCGUUUUGAUCCAGGAGCUCGAACUGCUUUAGCAUUUGUAACAUUGAGGAAGGAUGGUGAACGUGAAUUUAUGUUUUAUCGUAAUCCUAGUGCUGACAUGUUGCUUCAGGAAUCUGAGCUCGAUUUCGAACUCAUCAAGAAGGCGAAGAUUUUUCAUUAUGGAUCUAUAAGCUUAAUCACCGAGCCAUGCAAGUCUGCUCACAUUGCUGCGGCUAAUGCUGCAAAAGAUGCCGGUGUUCUGCUCUCGUACGAUCCCAACUUAAGGCUUCCGUUAUGGCCAUCAGCGGAGAGUGCUCGUGAAGGAAUCCUUAGCAUUUGGGAUACUGCCGAUAUCAUCAAGAUAAGUGAAGAAGAAAUUACAUUUUUGACUCAAGGAGAAGAUCCUUACGACGAUAAUGUUGUGCGCAAACUUUACCAUCCGAACCUCAAAUUACUGCUUGUGACCGAGGGAGCAGAUGGCUGCCGGUAUUACACAAAGGAUUUUAGUGGAAGAAUCGAGGGUUUGAAGGUAGAUGCUAUAGACACCACCGGUGCAGGGGAUGCCUUUGUUGCAGGAAUUCUAUCCCAACUAGCUUCUCACACGAACUUGAUUCAGGAGGAGGAUCGCUUAAGAGAUGCACUCCGAUUCGCCAACGCGUGUGGUGCAUUGACGGUCACAGAACGAGGUGCAAUUCCUGCUUUGCCAACUCGAGAAGCGGUGUUGAGUGCACUGAUGAAAUCAGUAGCCUAAGCUGCACUGAUGAAAUCUGUAGCUUACGCUGCAUUGCUAUUAAUGUAAGGUUCCACAUUUUUGUAGCCAUGUAAUGAUUUUCAUCAAUAAAAACAGCGCCUUCUAGCAUUUGAGAGAUUCGUGUUUUCUCGAAUAUUUUAGAGGUUAUGAGCGAAAAUUAAACUAUUGGCGCUCAAGAAAUGAACGUAAUGUUUGUUCCUUUAUUUUCAAGUAAUGAAAACUAGUUUUCUCAAAGAGAUCAUACUUUGAUUGACAAAA